CCCUCUCACUGUAAUUCAACCGCUGCAAUUGCCUUUCUUCUUCUUAUCUACUUACGUUCUUCUUCCUCUCUUCUACCGUUUUACAGUCAGUCAUUGUGUGUUUCUAGCUCGCCCCACAUCUGUACGUUUUUCUAGAGCUCUGCAUUUGAGAUCAGUCUCCGUCACCGGCUUUCGUCGAGAUGUCGACCUUCGAGCAAACCAAGGAGCAGGCUGGAAAGAAGGCGGAGGAGACCAAGGGGUUUGGACAAGAGCAGGCUGGACACGCCAAGGAUGCCGCUAAGAGCGCUACCGGAACUGCCCAAGACAAGGCUGGCCAAGCUGGGGACUACGCAAGCUCAAAGGCCCAAGCUGCUAAGUCUGACGCUUCCGACGCGACCGGAGCUGCCCAGCACAAGGCAGGCGAAGCUACUGAUGCUGCUAAGGAUACCACACAGCGAGUUGGUGACAAGACUGCUGACGCUGCUGGAGCUGCAAAGGACAAGGCAUAUGAGGCCAAGGACGCCGCAGGCGGGAAGGCCAGCGAGACGGGUGGCUACUUGGGUGACAAGGCAAACCAGGUCAAGGGUACCGCUGCUGAUGCCGCUGGCGCCACUCAGGACAAGGCUUCGGGUUUGGCGACCACCGCCCAACAGAAGGCUGGUGAAGGUGCAAAUUAUGCCAAAGAGACUGCGGUGAGCGCCAAGGACACCGCUGGAAACGUUUUGCAGCAGACCGGUGAUGCUGUGGCCAACGUAUUCAACCGCGCGAAGGAAACUGUCACCCCAAAGCAGUAAAGUGGAGUGGGUUACUUAGUUUUGGUGAAUACUACAAUGGGUAUUUUUCACAUUUAUUUACUGUCACUCCAUCUCAGCUGCCAGAGAACUUCUAGAGAUUCUCAGUUUUGCGAAAGUGUACAGUGUUCAGAAUGAAUAUUGAAAGGUCAAAUUUAAGCCGUUUUUC